CGGAAGGUAACUGAACAGUCAGCUAACGGGGCAGAGGGAGCGGAGCCGUUAUUAUCAGCGGAGUCAAGACAUCCUUGUUUGCACGAUUUUUCGGGGGACUUAGCGCCGAGUCUCCGCCAAGUCACCGCGUCACCGUUUCCAUCCUCCCAUUAGCUUCGUUUUAGAUGUUGCCGGGGCGCAUGGAGUCCGCGCUGAAAGGGUUGGCGAGGUGUUUUGCGGACAAGAGAUCAUCCAGCUAAUGUUAGCUAGCCGCAGCCAGCCACGGACUGCACGGUGCGGACGAGAGAGUGGGGAAGCUCGGUACCUGGCGGACGGACGGACGGACGGACAUUGGUAUCAACCUAAACAAUGGGCCUCAUAUUUGCCAAACUGUGGAGCUUCUUUUGUAACCAAGAGCACAAGGUGAUCAUCGUGGGACUAGACAAUGCAGGGAAAACCACUAUCCUCUACCAAUUUCUGAUGAACGAGGUGGUCCACACGUCGCCCACCAUCGGAAGCAACGUGGAAGAAAUUGUGGUAAAGAACACGCACUUCCUGAUGUGGGACAUAGGAGGACAGGAGUCCCUCCGGUCCUCCUGGAACACCUACUACUCCAACACAGAGUUCAUCAUUCUGGUGGUGGACAGCACAGACAGAGAGAGGCUGGCCAUCUCUAAAGAGGAGCUCUACAGGAUGCUGGCUCAUGAGGACCUGAGGAAAGCAGCUGUGUUGAUAUUUGCCAAUAAGCAGGAUAUGAAGGACUGCAUGUCUGCAGCAGAGAUCUCUAAAUACCUCACGCUGAGCUCCAUCAAAGACCACCCCUGGCACAUACAGUCCUGCUGUGCACUUACAGGAGAGGGUUUAUGCCAAGGCCUUGAGUGGAUGACCUCCAGAGCUGGACUCAGAUAGCCCCUUCCUCUGCCACCAACGGCCUGACUACCUGCACCACCAAACCCCACCCUCCUCCCUCCUGAGGUGGCUCGACAGCUUUGUCCCUACCGGCCUGUUGUUACUUUUUAUUUUUUUAAACGACGAACUUGGACGACACAGGGCGGCAGCAUCGACCCACGUCCACAGAAAUAAUUGUCACAACGGAGCUGGUGCUUCUCCUGAUCAGUGGGAACCAGAAAUAAUUAAGGAACGGCUUUUACAAUAGAGGAUAGAGGAUUACGUCAAAGGUGAUUGGAUUUUCAUCUGUUACACUACACUACUACACUACAUAUCGUCAUCAUCAUCAUCAUCAUGCCAUAAACAUGUUAUUUCCUGCCUCUGUUUACGUUUGUUCAGGUAAAAUUGUGACAAAGGGAUUACAAGUAGUAUUGUAAAAGCAGUUUUUUAAUUAGAGGGUUGACACCAGGUUUUUGUUACACUACACAAUUAAUGUUCUCAUGAUUUUAUUUUCCAGCCGUUGACACCUGUUACAUAUGAUUUCAGUUCCAUAAGCUACACACUUAACACGACUGGUGCCGAAUUAAAAUGUGGUAAAGUACGAAAUGCUAUUUUUAAUAACUGUGAGCCUGUACUUGUAUUUUAUUGAGCCAAAUGAGUGUUGGCAUGCUGACUUCCCCUUCAUCUAACCCUGUACGACAUUAUUUCAAGUACAAAGCUCAGUUUUAAUAACAGUAUUUUAAAUGUAAACACUAUGUUUUCUAAUUGAUGCAUUAUGACUUAUUUAAUUUUGCUUCGUAGAUUCGCUUUGUAGUGUAACAUUGGUGCAAGUUAGGCCUGUUUUUUUUAUUAACAGAUGGUUAAAGAUCCUUAUAUUUGUUUUUGGCAGCCAUAUUGGUGGCACGUUUCUCUUUUUGUACUUUUUAAACAAAGGGAUCAGAAUAACAAACCAUCCAGGAGGUGCCACACAUCUAUGGGAAGUUGUUACUCAUCAGCCACUCACACUUAGAGGUGGUUUAUUAGCAUAAAGGUGAUAUUUUAUUGGCUCUCUUAUAUGAUACUCGGCCUUAACUGAGCUGUUGUGGGUGGGGGACGGCAUGCGUUGAAUUGAAUUAUGAUUUUUACCCUCAUUUCCAUUUUUUUUAACCCUAGUAUAAAGAUCCCUUGCUUACAGAUCUAUGCACGCGUCACUUUGAAACCUCGCAUUCAUUUUACGAGGUCUAUAGUGGCCAAGGAGGAGGAGGAGGAGGGAGGUGCAUGAGUUUCAUGGGAGUCUGAGCGGCAGCGUAAAAAAGCCGGCGUCCAUCUUGGCCGUGCCUCUGGGUCUCAGCGGGGCAAGGUCCUUUUAAACAAACAGGAAGUCGGCCAAGAAAGCGCGGAGCCGCCGGACUCUUUCGCAGCAUUAAAAGGGUUUACAGCUUUUACCUUGAGAACUGAUCGUAUACUGUGUGGUGGCGUCCAGUCUGCGUCAUGUACUGUACUUCAGUUUUGUUUUCAAUAAAGGUUUGUUUUGAACUUU